UCGCAGGAGCAGAGGGAGGAAAAGACGAGUUCCACCUAGCUAGGGUUUGGAUCGGAUCGAUCCAUGGCGAUGGAGGCGAGGAUGAAGGGCAGCGUCAAGUGGUUCAACGACACCAAGGGCUUCGGCUUCAUCUCCCCCGACGACGGCAGCGAGGACCUCUUCGUCCACCAGUCCUCCAUCAAGGCCGACGGCUUCCGCUCGCUGGCUGAGGGCGAGGCCGUCGAGUUCGUCAUCGAGCAGGGCGACGACGGCCGCACCAAGGCCGUCGACGUCACCGGCCCCGACGGAUCCUUCGUCCAGGGCGGCGGCGGUGGUGGCGGCGGAGGCGGCUUCGGGUCCCGCGGCGGCGGCGGAUCUCGCGGCGGGGGUGGAUAUGGUGGUCGCGGCGGGGACGGCUACGGCGGGCGUGAUGGAUCUGGUGGUUUCGGUGGUGGUGGCGGGUGGGGCGGCCCGAGGAGAUCUGGCGGGGGUGGCGCUGGUGGGUCCUGCUUCAAGUGCGGCGAGCCUGGACACAUGGCCAGGGACUGCUCCGUCAACGCCCCAGCUGGAGGCGGAUUUGGUGGUGGAGGCGGCGCUGGCGGGGCCUGCUUCAAGUGCGGCGAGCCUGGCCACAUGGCCAGGGACUGCGUCAACGGCGGCGGCGGCGGGUACGGCGGCGGUGGAUACGGUGGUGGCGGCGGCGGCGGGAGCUGCUACAACUGCGGCGAGCCGGGCCACCUCGCCAGGGACUGCCCCACCGGCGGCGGCGGUGGCGGCCGGAGCUACGGCGGAGGAGGCGGCCGCGGCGACUGCUACACCUGCGGCCAGCCCGGCCACAUGUCCCGCGACUGCACAGCCAAAUGAGUGGUCAACCCGAUCUCCCCCCACCCUAUAGAUCUCGCCGCCUAAAUAUUUCUCGUCGUCGGAGUACCACCGGUCUUAGUUUUGCCGAUCUGGGCUAGAUCGCCCAGCCGCCUGCUUCUCUUAUUUAUUUUCCUUCCCCCUCUACUCCGUUCCUUCCGGAAUCCGUUCUAGGGGAAAAAGAAGUCGUCAGUCAGUCAGUGUUUUGCUGCUACUAGUAUGAAUUUGGUCUGGUCUCGUUGGUGUUUUAAGAAGAAUCGUGAUGAUGGAUUGCUAUUUUUUGUGCUGUGAGGAGGAGAUCCAAUAGAUCUCGCUCGAUCGCUUUGGUUUCAAUCGAUGAAGUAAAAGAUGGUUAUUGUCCUA